ACCAUUAGAGGCGUUGACAAAGCACUCGCUGUAGAUGCAAGGAUAUACGUAACACUUUACGAGUGGUGCCACGUGGACAACGUUCAGGCCUCUCCUCACCGACCCGCUUGUCACAGAGACAUACCCGAAAGUAGUGAAUUUGUUUCUCGUUUUGUGCCCUGCACAGUCUUCUCUUCCUUCUUCUGCCUCUCCCAAUUCAUUCUCUGUUUAAAACCCUAGAAAUUGUACGUGAAAGAAUUUAGUCUCUUUCUUCAUCUUUGAAAUUUUAUAUUUGUAGGUUAAUCGAUUUGGUUUGCAAGGUCUUAGAUUGAAUGGUUUUUAAGGCUGGAAAUAGAGCAUGAGCAGUCAGACUCAGGGGGUGAGAGGCCCUACGUUAAGGGGGUAUCGGAGGAGGAAGGCAAUGCUUGACUUAAAUGUGCCUCCAAGUGAAAGCAGGGAUCAGGAAGGAACUUCAACUCAGGAUGUGCAACAUGGGGUGCAAGCAAGCCAACAAGGGCAGCCUGUACCACCUACUACAAUUGAUGUUGAGGCUUUUGAUGAUGAUGUUAUUGAAUCUUCCCCGAGGGCUUUUGCUGAAGCUAAAAGUAAUGCCCAAAGAAACAAUGCCCAAAGAACUCAUGGAAGGACUGUUGUGGUCGAUGUAGAUUCAGGACGAACAACUAGGUUGAAUUAUAAUAACCAUAACAAGCGCAGAAGAGUUCUACCAAAUCAAACAAUUAUCAAUUGUGAGCAUUAUGUAAAUUUGGAAAGCAGUAGCAACUCCACGAGAGAUGAUGUACAGCCAACCCAACCUCCAAAGGAGCCAACCUUCAAUUGUCCAAUUUGCAUGGGUCCAUUUGUUGAGGAGACAUCAACAAAAUGCGGGCAUAUUUUCUGUAAGGCUUGCAUUAAGGCUGCUAUUAGCGUACAAGGAAAAUGUCCUACAUGUAGGAAAAAAGUCGCUGUUAAAGAACUUAUUCGGGUGUUCCUUCCAGCAACAAGUUGAUUGAGAUGCUUAUGGCCAAUUGCUAUUUCAUCAGGUUGAUAGAAACAGUUAUGAGAUGGGGGGAUGAAACAGAGGCUGUAGCAUGUAUGUGGAUUAUUAUUAUUGUAUUUUUUUUACUUGAAACUUGGACUUUCUCUAACCUGUGCGGUUCAAAUUGAUAUACCAAAAGGCAAUAGUGGAUUUUGUUUUUUGGGGUCAAAUUUACUUCAAAUGGUUGAUGAGCUAAAUUUAUCAGGUAAUCAGAUGACAACAGAAAUUCUAUGAAAUUUAUGUUUAGUUUA